AUGUCUGAUCAAUACAGCCGUCGAAAUAAAUUCACUGAAUUACGAAGUAUCCAUAAAUCCUACAUCGAUUUAUAUAAUGCAUUGUAUCAGGUGAAGACGGAAAAAGAAGAAGAUUUAAACACAAUUUACAAAAAUAUCCAAACAGAAUUGAUUGAUUCAAUGAAGUUUCCUCCACAAAGUAUUAUUAGAGACAUUUUAAAAAUCAUUCCCUAUAACAAUCGCUAUGUAAAUGCAUAUUUAACCCUUGCCAAACGCAUAUCUGAUGAUUAUCAUGUAGAAGAUGUCAGCAAUGUUGAGCCAAUUUCAAAUUACAUGUUUUAUAAAGAAUAUGGAAUUAAAUUAGACAAAUCACGUGACUUUAAUGAAAUUAAUAAAUAUUAUCUCGAUAUUCAUACAAAAAAUACAAUUUACAAGGUAAUUAUGAAUAAUGAUAUAGAAAAAUUCAUCUUCCUCACUGGAGCAGAAGGUUUUAAUGAACAUCUUUUCCUUGAAAGCGAUUUAUAUCCAUAUACUCCAUAUAGAUAUACAUUACUUGAUAUAUGUUGUUACCAUGGUGCAAUUGAUUGUUUCAAGUUCUUAAGAACAAAAUUUAAUUCAAAGAUUUCUGAUGACAGUCUUCGGUUUUCAUUUUUAGGAGGAAAUCCAGAGAUCAUGAGUGAGUGUUUGAAAUACAAGAAACCAUAUGAAGAAUGCAUGAAAUAUGCAAUUAUUUCACACAACAUUGGUUUUGUUACAUUCUUGAUGAAUGAAUACAAUCUGAAGAUCGAUUUGAAAUGGUGCAGAUUAUAUAAUAAUCUCGAAUCAUUUUUAGUUUAUUUCGAUCAAACUAAAAAUAUUAAUGAAUGCUUUUUGAAUUCAAUUAAAUUUAAUAUUCCACCCCUUUGUGAAUAUAUCCUAUCAUGUGGUGCAAAUAUCCAUACAAAAAAUAGACAUGGAAAUACAGCCCUUCAUAAAGCAGUAAACAUCAAUAGCAAAGAAAUGGUCGAAUUUCUUCUUUCACAUGGUGCAAAUAUCAAUGAAAAAAAUAAAAAUGGAGAUACUGUUCUUCAUUUUGCAGCAUUUAAUAAUAGCAAAGAAAUGGUCGAAUUUCUUCUUUCACCAUGGUGCAAAUAUCAAUGA